AUGAUAGAUGUGCCAAACUCAGGACAGGGGUUGGUUCGUCUACCAUAUCGUGAAAAGGAAUGGGAUCCCGAUUUCCUUGAAUACCUGCGCAAACUUGAUUCUACAAAACCUGUCAUCGUGUGUGGUGACCUUAACGUAGCUCACGAGGAGAUCGAUCUAGCUCGACCAGAAACAAAUCAUAAAACCGCUGGAUUUACUGAUCAGGAGCGAUCAGGUUUCACAAAAUUGUUAUCGUCAGCCAAUUUAAUUGAUACCUAUCGUCAUUUUUACCCAGACCGUCGAGGAGUGUAUUCUUUCUGGAGCUAUCGAACAGGAGCGCGCUUAAUCAAUAAUGGAUGGCGUUUGGAUUAUUUCUUGGUAUCUGAACGAAUUUUAACAAAUGUCAGCGAUCAGGAAAUACGUUGUGGAGUUACUGGAAGCGAUCACUGUCCAGUUGUUCUAUAUCUUCAAAUCUAA